CGGACAGCAGAAGCAGGAGAAGAAGAAUUUGUUUGAACCAAAUAUUGUUGGGUCGUGGCGCCAGCAGUAAGAUUGAACAGCAACAGAAUGGCAGUUUGAUGUCUGAGCCAAACAACAUCUCCCUAAAUUUAUCAUAAAGAACAAGCCAGGAGAGAUCAUGGACGCUUCAGCAGGAGUAAAAACAUGGUUCUUGAUUUAGCUCGUCUUCUCAAUCGUGUUACAAUGUGUGAUCAGGAACAUGCCAGUGAGCUCAGCAAGAUUCUAAAAGCUAAUGUUGAUGAUGUCGACGACCUCUCAGCCAGUGAUGAAUCUGACCCUGAAGAACAACCCUGCAGUGCAUCCUUUGACCCUGAGCUGGAUAUAGAUGAUGAUGAUGUGGAGGUGAGGGCUGCUGUUCCAGUUGCUGGACAGAAAGUCCGGAGCCCCUUCAGUCUGAGGGGAGGGAGCUCGGGAUUCUCAAACCGCAGCCACAGCAUCUUUGAAUGUCUGGACAGUGUCGCCAAACUGGCCUCUUCAACAUUAGGCCAGGACAACGUGAUAGACGGAGUGUUUGCUCGGCCUCUGCCUCCAGCCCCCAGCCGCAAGACAAGCCAGCCUCCACCGAGCGGCUCCACACCAGCAAAGAAGAGAGGGGUACCAGACUACAUGGUGCACCCGGAUCGCUGGACCCACUACAGCCUGGAGGAUGUGGCUGAGACCAGCGACCGAGGCAACAGCAGGGCAGCCCUCCAGUACCUGGCCAGCCUGCAACCGAAGAAAGAAGAGCCGGAGCCCGACAGCCAGGGUGAUGCCUCCUGUAGCACCAAACAGAAGAUCAUCUUCUCCAAGCCCAGCCUUCUGGCCAAGAAGCCUGCCGAUGAGCCGUCAGCUGGUAGAGGCCAGGAUAAAAAGAUGCGCCUCAGUCACCUGGUCGAAGAGGUAGACGAGUGCACAGUGGGGAAGGAGAAAAAGAAGGGUGUAGGACGGAGAAUAGAUGAGCGCAAAGAGGAUAGUGUAAAAAAGACAGAGGAUACAGGGAAGGAAGAGGUUAAACAGACCACAGCAGUCAUCAGUCAACCAGAGGCCGAGGAAAAGGAAAAGAAACAAAAAGAAAGAGGCGUGGUUGAGGAGGAAGAGGACGUGGAAGAGAAGAAAGAACAGGCCAACCCCAGCUUUGCCUCCUUUAGAAAGAGGCACCAGAAGAACUACAGGCGAAGCUCACAGCAGGAGGACUGAGGACAGCAGACACCAAGACAUGACUGUGAUUUCUUCUUCUUCUUCUUCUAUGCCUCUCAUCACACAACUACUCCAUGUUUGAAAAACCCAUCAAAUCGUAGAAGUCCAAUUUAGAAAAUGUUGUAGCAUUACUGUACUGUACUCAUACAGCAUCACUGAAAUUAAAUAAUUGUGUCAUUUCAUAAAUACAAACUCUGCAAGGUUGUAUUUCAUCAUCAUCAUUAUGAAUUAGAAAGCUUCAGAUUUGAUUUACAAGGGUGUCCAUUUAUCUGUGUUGAAACAAAUCCUUCAGUACCUUAGUAUCCUUCCUACAGUGUUAAACUAUUUGGUUUACAUUGAUGGACUGAAGAGACAUUUUGGAUAUUAGAGCUGUUUAGUUUUGAUUUUUAGUGGAGGAACCAACCUCACUUGGUGAAACUGGGGAGGGGGCUUUGAACCAGUAUAGGAGUUUUAACACUGUUGGUCUUUACUUGUACUUGAUUUUUAUUUCUCGUUGCAUAUUUUGAUUUUUGGAAUACCCUGAAUCUUUAAUAAAAAAUAUUGAUUUGUA